UUCAUGGUUGUUUCAUGUCAUUUGGCGGUAUUUUCUGUCACGUCAGAUUCGACGUCUGGAAGCUCCGCCAGAAUGUCGAACAAAAUGUCGCGAAUAUCGGAGAAAAUCUCCAAUGUUUUGAAGCUGGCCAACAGUUCGAGGUUGAGCGACAAAAAGAGAUGUGUCACCGAAUUAUUGGAUUUGUAUCAGAAUGAUGAAGCUCGCAAUGAAAUACAUGAAAAUACAGAGAGGAAAGCUUCAGGGAUUGUCAAUUGGCCUUAUAUUUUACUCACAGCUCACAAACUAAUUCUUGAUGAAGCGGAGAAGCCCAGUAAGGAAACAGCUUCCAAAAGCAAGGAGAGAGAGGCACUCAGUGGUUUAAUGAUCGAUACAUUUCGUCGAUCUAAUGAAAGAUCCAAUGAGCUUCUACAUGGCAACGACAUCGUCUCUAUGAUACUGCAGAUAUUAGAUUCUAAGAUUUAUGCACACUAUCAGGAUAAAUAUCUAGCACUACUGGUCACAUAUGUAUUGCCUAAGAGUGCCAAUUAUAAUAACAUUACUGCGGAACAAUGGAGAGAAUUGUUGAUUGUCUGCAGCAAGCUGUACAAAAAGGCGCAUCUCAAGAAGCACAUUGUGUUGGAUGCGCUACAAAUGAUUGUGGAUCGUUCCUUUUUGCACACAAAUCUAGUUUUUCACGUGAAGAAUUUAUUACCUUUCUUGGAGGAUAUCUUCCAAAAUGUAAAGGCGAGCAACGACGAGCAGUUGACAGAGUCCUUCUACAGACUAAGCAGCAGUGUAUGCAACCAGAUCGCGACGGAAUCGAGAAUCGCUCUCUGCAAAUUCAGCGAAAGUAUAUUGAUGGACAUCCUACGUCUGAACGGCUCCGAGGGAAAGUACAAGCUCUUGUUUACCUUCCUGCAGAUGCAUCAUCCAGAUGGUACCGGGUACGAAGAAGGCACAUAUACCUACAACAGGAGCAAGUGGAGGGAUUUGUUGCGCAGUAUGUGCCAGCUUGUUCAGGAGAACUGCAAGUUAGAUGUGCAGUGGCGCAGUUUUAUCGAGUUUGCCAGUGAAGUCGUGCAGCAGGUAAUGAACAAUUCGGUUAGUCUCGCUUGCUCUGUUGACGCAAAUUCUUCGGACGACAUCCACCCUCAACCGGCCAAACGUAGGCGAACGAUGAGCAGGAUGGAGAACGUCGUUGAUAUGGUAACAGAGAGCAGUCCCGAGGAGGUGUGGCCCUUGCUGAGAAUUCUUGAGGAAACGCUGAGGAAGUAUCCACAGUGCUUGAAACCGCAGGAUUUCGCGCCCUUGCUGCAACGUUUAACGGAACUCGCUCAGUCUCGAGACGAGCUCAUCAUGGACUAUUUGUACAAUCUCGCUCUCGUUCUCAUGGAGAACGAAACGUCUAGCGGAAGAGAGGUGCAGGACACUGCGAUUCACUGGAGCAAGAUCUGGGACAUGCUACUCAGGUCUCUGGGAGCAAAUCAGAAUGAAAAGUCGGGUCACUCGUUGAUCUGCUGUUUUAUAACGCACAAUAGGAUGCCGAAUGCAAACGCCCUCCUCAGGUUGUACCUGACGAAGGCGAUUCGCUGGUCGCCGAACAGCGUGCACACCCUGCGACGAUUAUGCGAACGCGUCUCCCUACCUGAAGAUGCUUUCACGUCAGUGUUGGAUCCGUCUCCAUCGGCAACAACCGCGCCGAUCUGCGACCGGACGCGACUCCUGGAGUGGUUGCUGAACGCGUCGUGGGAGAAGCUGGUGACACGAUUGUACGACGAGACUAUGGAGAACGUCUGCACCCUAUCGGUGGAUCUCGUGCUGAGUUCUCGUUGCAGGCGGAAGCGCGAGGAAUCGAGUGAGACCAUCCUUCAUCAUUAUCAGAAUAUCUGUUCGACGGAUCUUUCGCGACUCUGUCGCGCGUCCUUGACCUUCCAGCUAGAGUUUUUGGCCAGGUCGAAGGAUGACGAACGGGAUCUCAGGCUGGUGGUCACGGACGGGAAUCCCGUCUCCUAUGUACAGGAGGCGCUGAACUUUCUGAAGCAACGCUUACGCGUCCUUCUUCAGGGUGAAGACUCCAACGAUGAAGCGAAAAGAAUUAUCGACGUGCAUGUCGUACUGAUGAAGGUAGCGCUCCUAGCGAGAUCGCUGUCCAAUUUCAAGCAACUGGGGAUUAUUGCGAAGGAGGAUACCGGUGACCCGUUGAUCGACGUGAUGGAAAAGAACCUGAAGAAUAGCUUCGAAGUUCUAGCGAAGACCGACUGGAGCAGGUGCAAUUAUUUGUACUUGUCGAGCGUGACCAGGGCGUUGAACGUGCUCUACAGGACGACCUACGACGUGGACAUUGCGAGGAUAAUCGUCUCCGCGUCUACCGUGAAUAUGUUGAAGAAUAUAUUCGAUCUCUUGAAUCUCGAUGGCAAUCGUAACAGCGAUCAUCACCAGGAACACGACACUUUUCAGAGGCGCAACCGAUUCAGUUUGGAGGCGUCGAACUCUUCGUCUUCGACGAGUCUCCGGCGCGAGGACAAGAUUCGUCUCGAGGUCGUCCAGGCCUUGGCGUCCUUCUGCGCGCUUUCCAUCGACGCGAACCGAGGAAAAUCGCCGCUACAGACAAAGAUGAUGCGUAACUUGCUCAACAUGCAGCAGGACUUUACGAACUGUGUGGAUUUUUGGAUAUCGCUGACGAUCCUGGAAUCGCUGGCCGCGCGGGAUCGGGACGAGAUUCAUCAGGAAUACACGCAGGCACCGUUGGACUUGCUCCUGGAGAUGUGUCAGAACCAGACGAAUCACAAGAACGAGGAGUCGUCGCGCCGACUGUUGAACCUGCUGCCGUCGUUCUUCGAGUACGCGACCGAAUACAAACAUUCCCCGAGGACGAUCAUCGACACCCUGGUGCAGUUCCACAGACUUAUGCGCAAGCGGAACUACAGCGUGCACGUGCACGUGGACUACACGAGAUGCGUCUGCAACUGCGUGCGGAUCGAUCCAAGCUUCUCGUGGAACCACGACGGAGCCGACGACGACGUCGCGACAUUGCUGGACAGCGUCCUCGACUACAUCGGCGACGCGCUCUUCAUGCUGCGUUCCCAGGCCGUGCGAUGCCUGCAGCAACUCCUGGCCUUCAAGAACGUCGCUCACAAGUGGAAGGAGCGAAUAUACUUCAAGGUGGAGAAGACUGCCUUCAAGCUUCUCGAUGAGACUCAACAGUCCAGUUCCAAUCCGCAAAACAACGAUCUGGGGGAGAGUCAACGACAGGACGAGAAAGAAACCAGAACGGCCAGCGCGUUAACCGCGCUGGCCUCUGUUGCUUGCGCCAGCGGUGUUCUUCAGGGUCGCGCCUUGUACGCUAUGCUGCGACUGACGAUAGAUAAGGAGGUGGACAUGCAGACAGUGCGAAAGGUUCUCUCAUCAGCGACGAAAUACACGACGACACACGUCUCUCUCGUCGAGGAUAACUUGAACUACCUACUGACAUCUUGGAUCGAAGACGCGCAGUAUCCGUUACAGAGGUUUCCAUGGAUGCUUGCUGGCUGCGAGGCCAUGGACGAAUUCUUCAGAAAAAACGUCAGUCGCAUAGUUCCGAUCGUCCUGCGCACUUCGGGCCUCGCCGAAGCCAUAUCCUUCUGCACCGACUGCGCCGGUACAACCUUCGAGGAAGUCUUCGAGGAUGUUUUUCCAUCUUGCUUCGCGUGGCUGAUAUCCCGCGUGACGUCUAACGACGCUGACAGAGAGAUGAUGCGGAAGAUGACGAAGAACACGGACAAGUUUGCGCGUACGCGCAAUUUCAGCCAGCUGUUUCACUCACGACUUCAGGACGUCCUGAUGGAGCUGAUACAGAGGCUGCACGACGAGGACGACUUCGAGCGCGUCCUCUCGAUCAAGGACGCGCGCUUCCCGGCGACGGAUCCGCCGCACUUUUCACGAGCCACCCUGGACCUGUGCUUCGAUCAGCUGGAGGCGUCCGGGUUUCUCGCGGCCUCGGGGAAGACGCUGACGCACACGUUGGUCGAAUACCAACCGGCGACCCUGCAAAAGACCCUCUUGCGUCUCGCCGGUGCCGUACACUCGUCGCGUUUCCGCGAGGAUAAGCUCAAGCGGCUCCAUCAGUACGCCUAUUUUUGCUUCCGGCUGACGCGCGACCUGGCGAAGCCAGUCUUCGACGAGAUGGCCGCGUUCCUGAUCCGAGACCUGUGCUACAGCCUGUUGCACAUGACCAGAGGAAACGACGAGUCGCUCGCCAUGGCGUGCUGCAAGUUCCUGGAUUUAUUCCUGAGAAGAGCUCUGCCCGCAAGGGCUGCAGAGGUGCGAGACAUCCUCAGGUUCGUCGUGGCGGAUCUGAUAGGUCUGGCGCGGUCGAACACCAGCAGCGGAGUCGCCAAGGUUGCCGCGGGACUGCUCGACUUCCUAGUGGUGGAGCAAAGGGAAGUGCUGCGGGCAGCCAUCGCGAAGCUCGGCUCGUUCCCGAGCCACGAGGUCUUCCGGGACGCGAGGGAGGCUCGCAAUGCCGUCAGGUCGGAGAAGAACAAGAUCGCGAUAUGCCUCGAGGACGAGCUGGAGCUCUUUCUGGACGCCACGAGCGAGGAGAACGCAGAGUGUACUCUGGAGGAUCUGGCGAAUCUUACGCGGCAGCUGUCGACGAGAAAACGAGAGCUGAGGGAGCUGCACCGGAAAUUGGAGAGGCCAUAUCCCGAAGAUGGCGUCAAAAUCUUGCCCCGACUGAUAUUUAAACUCGUCAAGCUAACAGAAUCGUCCAAUCCGCGCGUGUCGAUGGAGGCCACCAGGUGUCUCGGAGAACUCGGCCCGACGGAUUCCACCGUGAUCCUGCGACCGGCGGAGAGUAUCGUCCAAGAAGCUAAUUGCACGAUAGACAUCCUGACUUAUCGAUCGGUAGCGAUGUUGACGAAUUUCCUGGUGGAGAACGCCGUGGAACUUCGCAAGGUUAGCGCUGACGCCCUUUACGCGGUGCUGUCGACUUCCUUCGGUCGUAAGCUGUCGGACGGCGACUACACUAGAGACUUGUCGAACAUUCUGAAGGAGUCCGCGCCUCUGAAGAUCGACUACAUUCGGCCGUUCGCUCGCGAACGUAACGUGACACAGACGUCCUUUUCCGUGGAUGCCGCAAGGUUUCGCACCGUUAUGUGUCCGGAGAAUCCUCUGUGGACCGUUCAGGAGAACGAGAAUUACGCCGAGUGGGUCGUCAAGUUGACCUGCAGCAUCGCCGAGUGCUUCGCGGACUCCUACCUGAAGAGCUUCCUGCCUGUUUGCCGGCUCAGCGUCAAAUUCUGCGAGCUGAUCCUGCCGAGGAUCGUCUGCCUCGUCUGCCUCGUCAACCAUCGAAGCAGCAACUCCAUCGACGCCAUGUGCGACUGCGUCGACCAGUUCUUCAGGCACCACUUCGCGAUCAAUCACGAGGCGGAAACGACGCCGAGAGGUGGCGGCUGCGACCAGAAGAUCGUCCGCUGCAUGCUGGACAUAGUGAACCACGUCCGGGCGCAGCUGCCAGACGGCGUGACCUUGAGACUCGACUACGUCAACCUGGCCAGAGCCGCGCACAGAUGUUCCGCCUAUUACACGGCUCUGCUGUUCGCGCAGCUCGCCUGCCAGACCAUCUCCUUGGACUAUCCGGACUUUAGCAGCGACCCCAGGAUCGAUUACAUCUACGAGUGCCAGCCGGCGGUCGGCCGGGUCCUGCAGGACAUCAUGCUGGACACCUAUCAGAAUAUCAGCGACCCGGACGCCACGAGUGGCGCCGGAUCGUCGCAUUUGCUCGACCACGACUCCCGGGUGCAAUACUACGCCCGUACCAACUGCUGGGACAAGGUCAUGCUCGCGCAGGACAUCGAGCUGUCGCAUAGUAGCAAUCCGUCCCUGGUGAACGCCAAGCAGGAGAUGGCGAACGCGUUACAUCGCUCGGGUCUUCAGUUUCUUCAGUCGCGGUUCCUCAACGACUGUCUGGAUGAGAAGUUCAGUUAUGAGAGCGCCUGGAGACUCGGCAACUGGGACUUGCUGGUGAACAACUCGGUCGCCGCUUCUGGCCGCGACAUUCAACCGCAGCAGUCGCGACUGGAGGCCCUGGAAAACGCGUUUCACGCGCACCAUUACGACGCGUUGAAGUGCCUCCACGAGAACGAUCGACGAGGCACGGAUCGGGCGAUCGAACGCGCUCGUCUAAGCGUGAUCGGCGGGCUGCGAGUGAUCAGUCUGGAGAGCAGCCGGACCGUCAACGAGAAACUGUCGCAGCUGCGACUGCUGUGCGAGAUCGAGCAGCUGAAUUCAGCGGAGGAGAGACACCCAGAGGUGUUGCGACGCUGGAACGAGCACGAGAUCAGCCUGACGGGUCAGUUCGACUACGUGGAGCCGAUCCUGUGGCAGCGCAUCACCAUGUUUCGCAUCAGGGAGUCUCUGUGGACGGACACGAGCAUGCAAGAGGCCUUCUUCGCCACCUGCUUGGACCUGGCGGAGGUUGCCGUGAGUCAGGGUAAUUUCCAAGUGUCCGCCCGAGCACUGGGCACCCUGGCGACGCAGCGAAAUCUGUCUACGGACCUGGAGAACCAACGUCUCUAUCAGGAGUCGCUCCUGCAGUGGAUGAUGCACGACCAGGUCAUUGCGCGUCGUUUGAUGCGCAACCUGAUCGAGAAGAGGAAUCCAAAGCCGAGCCUGAAGGCCAAAGCUCUGCGAGUCUACGGCGACUGGAUGGCCGAGACCAAAUCGGAGAAUCCGCAGGCGGUGAUACAGAAAUACUAUCUGGAAUCCAUCGCGACCAGCGAGACUAUCGACGAGCAGACGCCCGAUGUCAUUAGAGAUCUGUACGACACACAGGUCGCGCUGGCGCGUUUCGCCGAUGCUCAAUAUGAACAGAUCAGCAUGUACAUAAACUCUCCGAUCUACGAGUCGCUGAAGGAAUACGCUCGCAGCAGCGACCAAAUAGACCAGGCGCAGGUGAGGAAUCAGGAUAUCAAGCGUGCGGUGAUAAUCAGUCAGAAGCAAUCGACGAACGAUGCGGCCGAGCUGAAGAACAUCGAGCAGGAGAGACGGAACUAUCUCGCGCAGGCUCUCAAGUAUUACCUGAAGACUUUGUGCGGCAGCGAGGAACAUAAUCUGCUCAUCUUCCGCCUGGUGGCGCUCUGGCUGGACAAUAUGCUAGACAACGAGGUGAACGGAGAGUUGCUGGACGAGCUGGACAACGUGCCGUCCUUUAAGUUCGUACCGCUGGUGCCGCAGCUGGCCGCCCACGUGAGCAACGAUCUGAAACAGCGGAGCUUCUCCGCGCGGAUCUUCAGGAUUCUCGAGCGCUGCGCCCUGGAACAUCCGUAUCACACUCUGCCCGUGGUGCUGGCGCUGAAGAAUCUACACAGCGACGACGAGUACGACGCGGGCUCCACGGUUGCGAAGAAGGAGGAACGUCGCGUGCUGGGCGCCAAGAAGCUUCUCAAGCGAUUGGCCGAGUCAUCCGUGCGCGAUGUCGUCCAGGAGAUGGAGAAUCUGUCGCGGGCCCUGUUGAGUCUCGCUUAUUGGCAACCCAAGGGCAAGUGCUACCAUGGAAAAUGCUAUUCCAUACCGCGAGAUCAGUUGAUAUCCAAGAUCAAGAACUUGGACAACGUUCUUCUGCCGACCUUGAACUUGCCUGUGAAACCAUCGGGCAAUUAUAACGACGUGGUUGGGGUGAAGGCGUACCAGGACACUUGCGAGUUCGUCGGCGGCAUGACCGCGCCUAAGAAGAUCAUCUGCGUUGGCACCGAUGGCGUCCAGCGCCGGCAGCUGGUCAAGGGUAAGGACGACCUGAGGCAGGACGCGGUGAUGCAACAGGUGUUCACGGUGAUGAACACCUUGUUGCGUACCUGCAAGGAGACGCAACGGCGGAAUCUGCGGAUCAGGACCUACAAGGUGGUGCCGCUGACGCAGAGGUCGGGCGUCCUGGAGUGGUGCGACAACACGGUACCCAUCACGGCGACCCUGGUAGGCGGUCAGGGAGGCGCGACCGGGAUACACAAGAGGUAUUACCCGCGAGAUCUGACCGCCGAAUCGGCCAGGAACAAGAUGAAGAACGUCGCGCAAGAGUCGAACGAGACGAAGCUGAAGGUCUUCCUGGAGUGUUGCAAACGCAUGCGGCCGGCGUUCCACCACUUCUUCGAGGAGAAGUACCGGUCCCCCGAGGCCUGGGUCGAAAGGACACUCACGUAUACGCGCAGCGUCGCCACCACUUCCAUGGCGGGCUAUAUCCUGGGCCUCGGAGACAGACAUCUCAGUAAUAUCCUGAUCGACGAGCGAACCGCCGAGGUGGUGCACAUCGAUUUCGGCGUGGCCUUCGAGCAGGGCAAGGUUCUACCUCUUCCGGAGACCAUUCCCUUCAGACUGACCAGGGACCUCGAGGUCGCCAUGGGCGCUUCCGGCAUCGAGGGGACCAUGAGACGCAGCUGCGAGGUGACCAUGACGAUGCUGCGAGAUCAAAGGCAAAUCAUCAUCACUCUUCUGCAAGUCCUGUUGUACGAUCCGCUCUUCACGUGGGCCAUCACGCCGGAGAAGGCGUGCAAAAUGCAAAGUGAUGUCGUAAGAAGCUACUCGGAGAACAGCGGGCGAGCAUCUGUGGAAACCAAUAAGAUCGCCAAGAGAGCUCUGUUGAGAAUCGAACAAAAGUUACGAGGAACGGAGGACGGUUUAGUGUCCAGUGUUUCAGGACAGGUCGAGAGACUCCUACAGGAGGCGCGAGACCCUGCAAAUUUGUGUCGAGUCUAUUGUGGCUGGCAGCCAUAUUUGUAAAUAUUAAUAAACCUAAGUCUUUCAUAAAAGUUUUCUAAGAUAAAGAUAAGGUUUUUUUAUACUUUGUACAACUUAAUAAUGUAACAAGUUCAAGUUAUAUUUUUACCCUAUUAAUAUUUAUUAAAAUAUUAAAAGUUAA